CACCCUGUGCUCUAAUUUAAUUAGUGUCCUGGGAAAAUCAAUGCGAAAAAUAGUAGAACUGGCCUGCCUCAGUUAAUCGUCGUUGUAUUUUCAAUGGAAGAAAUGUAUUCGUGGGUUCUUGCAACACUUCUGAUGACUUGCUGGGCCUCGUCUUCUGAAUACAAAGUCACAGAUCGAAUAUACUUUGAUGUUCGAAAAGAUAACCAAAUGCUGGGAAGGAUCAUACUGGGGUUGUUUGGAGAAGUAGCACCAGAUACAUGUGAGAACUUCAAAACCAUAGCUCUGAAAGGAAUCAGUGGAAGAUCAUAUGUGGGCACCAAGUUUCAUACGGCCAUAUCAAGAGUGAUGAUCCAAGGUGGUGACAUUGUUAACAAUGACGGAACUGGAUCCGUCAGUAUUUAUGGAGAUUACUUCAAAGAUGAGAAUUUUACCAUCAAACACGACUCCCCUGGACUUCUGGUUAUGGCAAAUAAAGGGCCAAACACAAAUGGUUGCCAAUUUUUCAUUACUACUAUGGCUACCCCGUGGUUAGAUGGAAAAAACGUCGUUUUCGGAAAGGUACUCAAAGGAGAAGAAAUUGUCCAUAAAAUUGAGCAUAUGAAAACGGACGUCAACGAUAAGCUACUUAGCAAUGUUUACAUUUCUGAAGUAGGAAUAAUUGAAACAGUACCCUUCUCUGAACCAUCAAAAAAUUAUGAAUUGACAUUCUGGGCAUGGAUAAGGGCGGGAUGGUUUCCUUUGAGCUUCUCAUUUGCAAUUAUGGGAUUCUUCCAGUAUCUCAUGGUACAACUCAACAAACUUAGUUCAUUUCAGUGAAUUAGGUUGGAAAAAUAUAAAUCAAUGACCAUUUGGUUGAAUAUGUCACCUUUAUUUGAUUAUUAUUCGAUAUUCUGGAUUUCUAUUUGAAUUUACUUUCUUGAAACAGUUGAUUUUUUGAAAUAUAGUAUUAUGAAACCGUUUAUUACUCUACAAUGUUUUUACUAUGUACUUCACCUUUAACUUCAGCAAUCAGCUUUUAGUAACUAAAGAAUAUCUAGCCCAAUAAAUUAUUUCUAUUUUCCUCAACAUUAGAAUUUCUUCAUCAUUUUUCAGUAAUCAUAUUCUGUUCUAUUUGCUCUUAAUCCUUCACUUCCUAAUCGAAAACACUUCGAGCUAUGUGUGGGAAUAAGUCAUAAAUACCUGCCUCAGGUGUGUUCAUAAUAUUGUAACAUUUAAUUUUUCCACCAUUCAUUUUAAACUAGAGCAAUCUGAACAUGAAGAAAACCUUUUUUUGUCAAUGUUGAGUUGUAGAUAGUAACAAACAAAUUAUUUUCUCAGAUGUAGGAUUCCUCUGAGCAUUCCACUGCUGUACUCCAUAAAUCACAGCCAAAAUUCUGACAGGCAGAAUUCAUCUUGAUUUUAUUCAAGUUGGAAAAAUUCUGACAGCUAUUUGAAUACCAUAUUAAUUGUUUUUGUUCAUAUUUUCUAUUUCACGGUUAGGUAAACAAACUAUGUG